CCGACACCGACACCGCCGCCGCCGCCGCCGACACCGCCGCCGUCGCCGCCGCCAUGUCGCCGCUUGCCCGCUCGCUGCUCGCGCUCGCUGCGCUGCUCGCCGCCGCCGACGCCGAUUGCAGCACAGAAAUGAUAGGUCAUGUAACAAAGACGGACGCCGGCUGGAACUUGUAUGAAGCUGCUCCAGGAGGAGACGUUAUUUACCUUCCUAAGACUUACUACAUAACGGACACAGUCGGCGCGAAGAUAAUCGCUUGCAACAAGGAUCCGAGCGCGCCGCCGCCGGUAAUAGAAGUGGCCACGCCGACUCAAUUCUCAAAAGUUACUAUCGCCUGCUAUGAAGAUGAGUGUCCAGAGGGAGCCACUGUUAAUGUGACCAAGUAUAUUGAAGACUAUUGGGUGGUGUGGCCUUAGGCAAAAGACAACGCCGUUGCAGUUCAAACAAGUAACCAUUGUGUGUUAUGCAGAUCAGUAAUAAGCAACGUUUAAUGUGACCGGAUAAAAAAAUCAAACAUUUUACAAGUUGCAACUAGGGAACAUAUCAAAUUAUUUUAUUGAAUAUUUUUGAUUUGUUCUUUUUCACGCACGCGGGCAGGCGUGUAGUCUAGUGGUUAAGACGUUAACCGCGUAAGCUGAAGACCCGGGUUCGAUUUCCGGCUCAAAUUUUACAAGUUGGUUCUGUUAUUUCAGCUUGUGAAAUCUGCGUCAAAGCGUAUGCUACUUUGAAAACAUAAGGGUAAAUUUUCUUAAAUGUAUGUAAAUAUAAAGUAAGUACUACAUUCUAGAACAAUAACGAUUGUUACCUACUACAAAGCACUAAAAAAGUCUUUAAAGAUAACAACCCUACCCAAAAUCACUUGAAGCCAAUACCAACCUGAAACCCGUGAGAAACUCGUUAACAGUUUCGCGAAGACACAUAAAACGUACUGUUUGUUGCCAACUUUCCGGUCUCGUGUCUCCAGCAAUGACACAAUAAAUUGUCCUAUUUUCAACUGUAUUGAAGGGAUCUUGAUAGGACUAGGUUCCAGUAAUAAAUCUCAAGUAUUGUGAACAAAACUAUAUAGCUCAAUUGUUCUUAAGCCUUUAAAGAUAUUAAAGUUUAUGGAUGAUCAAUUACUAGCUAGUACCUACCCGAAAUACCAAUACCCAAUAUUGUAAUAAACGAAAUGAAAAGUACUAUAAGGUACAGCGGGGCAAAUCUCCACUGGGAGACAAAUGUAACUGGUCCAUUCAUUCCAUGUUCUACAAUGCUUGCAUUAUUAAAUAGAGUGUUCAGUGGAUACAUGUAGAACUCAACAUCAUAGUAUAAUAAUGGAAAAAAUGGAUCAGUUACAAUGGCCCCCCAGUCGAGAUUUGCCCCGCUGUACCCAAAGUUAUAUUAUUGUACGUAUAAUAAACGUAAUUAACGAUGGGUUUCUUUUGACACUACGCGUCUCAUCGAAUAAUCUUUAUCUGUAUUCUCAUUGUCUGAUUAUAUUGUUUGUAUAAUUAGAAGAAAAAUUUGAUCUCAUUAAUUUUGAUUCGUUCUACCUACCUCUUAAUAUUGAUUAGAGAUGGGCCGAAUAUUCGGUAAAUAUUCGGUAUUCGGCAUAUUCGGCAAGUUUUUCAAUGUUCGUAUUCGGCCGAAUAAUUCGGUUGCAUUGCCGAAUAUUUACCGAAUAAACA